AUUUCUGUUUUAAGCUCUCUCACUCCUACUUAAAAUAUUUACCUCAACACAUAGUCACAUACUGAUUGUUCAAAUCCGGAAAUGAACACCGAAAUCUCACACGCAACUUCAAUCGAGGAAUCGACUUCAGAUAGUCGUCCUUGUCCACCACUGAACCUACCUUGUGGAGAUCUACUUGGAAAUACAGAUUACUACAACAAUAUUUGCGUUCCUCUCUAUAAUGCAUCAAUGGAAUGUAACUGGGAAGCUGCUAGUGUCAUCCUUGGCCAACACCAACACCAAGGCCUAGAUCUGUUAGGGUUUGCCAUCACUGAAAAUUAUGAUACUGCGCUUCACAUUGCAGCAUCCGCAAAAAGCAGCAGGUUAAUGGAAAUGUUUGUGAAAAUUUUGGUAAAUCAGAUGACAAACGAGCAGUUAGAACUUCAAAACAAAAAAUAUAACACGGCACUGUGUUUAGCAGCAACAACAGCAGGAAAUCUCAAUAUUGCCGUGACUAUGGUGGAAAAAAAUAAGGCCCUGCUGGAUAUCCCUGGUCACGAAGGAGCGAUGCCACUCUACAUGGCUUCUUUAUCGGGAGAAAGUGAAAUGGUGAAUUUUUUCUAUGAUAAAUCUAACAAGAUGACUGGUGCUUUUUGGACAGAUGAGAAUCGUAGUAAGGUUCUCCGAAAAUGCGUGGAACUCGAUCUCUUUGAUGUUGCCAUGAAAAUAGUGACCGACCUGCCAGAACUCAGUGCUGACAACAAAGUACUCGAAUUGUUGGCUCGAAAAACAGAAGCAUUUGCAAUAAUAAAACCACAUUUUUUCUCGAGAUUCAUGCAUCAAAUUUUUUCAGUCAUUUGUAUGAAGAAGGUCGUGCCUGCGGAAAAACCCCGUGAUGCCAUGCUACUACUUAGAAUCAUAUGGGGAAAUAUCAUGAAAUUGCCGAAGGCUAAAAUUGAAGACAUUUUGGGAAACCAAGAAAUAAUAGGCCCAGCUGAUCACAAUUCGCAACCACUUGACAUUUUGGGAAACCAAGAAAUAAUAGGCCCAGCUGAUCACAAUUCGCAACCACUAUUUGUUGCUGUCAAUAUGGGAAACACUGAAUUUGUAGUUGAGCUCAUUCGCCAAUAUCCAGAUUUAUUAUGGAAGAGAAAUGACAAUAACCAAACUAUAUUUCAUGUUGCUAUCAUUUACCGUCAUGAGGAUAUCUACAAUAUUCUGCAUGAGGUGGGGGAAUCAAUCAAGGAUAUGAUAACAUCUGUCGUGGACAUGCAGGGAAAUAAUAUGUUGCAUCUAGCUGCGAUGUGGCCAAAAGAAGCUAAACGUGACUAUAAUUCAGGAGUCGGUUUACAAAUGCAACUUAUGCAACGUGAAGUGUUAUGGUUCGAGGAAGUAAAAAAUAUGGUCCCUCUUUGGUGUCAAGAAAAACCGGGCGGCGAUUUUGGUUUUCUACCACAUAAAUUGUUUGAGUUCGGACACCGACGUCUACUUUCCGACAAUGAGAAGUGGAUGAAAGACACAGCUAACCAGUGCUUGGUAGUAGCAGCGCUCAUAGCUUCUAUAGCAUUCACAGCAGCUUUUGCUGUUCCAGGUGGAUACAACCAGAACAAUGGUAUUCCUAUCUUUCUUCACCAUCGAGCAUUCAUAGUCUUUGUCAUAUCAGAUGCCAUCUCUUUGGCACUUUCUUCUAUUUCGAUCCUCAUAUUCUUAUCCAUUUUCAUAUCUCGCUAUGCUGAAAAUGAUUUCUUGGAAUCAUUACCCAAAAAAUUGAUGAAAGGUCUAGCAGCGCUUUUUUUCUCAAUCACAGCCAUGUUGGUAGGUUUUGGUGUCAGCUUCUUCACCUUUUUACAGGACAAAUUGAUUUGGGUACCAGUUAUGAUCAGCAUGUUGAUAUCCUUGCCAAUCAUUUUAUUUGCGAGACUGCAAUAUUAUCUUGUAAUGGAUGUUUAUCAGUCAACAUAUGGUUCUAGGAAUCUCUUCAAGCCAAAAAAGCCUAGGCUAUACCCACAAAAUCAAAAUCCAAGGUUUUGAUCACUUGUUGUUUUUGAAUGUAAAGUUUCAUUUCAAGACGUGAUUGUUGAUGCUUUAUGUCAUUUAGGAGAAGUUGAUGUGGGGAUGAUAAUAUACUUUUUAAACCCGAAUGUAUUUUAUCUGUAAUGUUGAUGAUGAAUUCAAGUAAACUUAAGCGCCUAUUAUUUGUGUUGUCAUGAA